CCCAAUUUCAAAAACUAAUCUACAACCAAUAUUAUUUUGUAAUCCCAACUACAAUUAGAUUUUUACACUAUGCUACCCCAACUCAAGCUCCAAAAACCAAACAAAACAACUCUGAAAUUACUUUCUAA